CCCAUCAGAUGUCCCAUAUCUCCUCUUAUGAGGUAACAAUACCCAAACGCAUUGGGAGACACAGGAGAGACCAGGAGAGUGGUGACCCUGGGAAGGUGUCUUACGUUAUCCAGGCCCAGGGGAAGGAGCAUGUCAUUAUCUUGGAAAAGAACGAGCUGCUGAUACCUGAGGACUUCACCGUGUACUCAUAUGACAAAGACAACAAACUGGUCACGGAGAGACCCAAUAUGCAAGAUCACUGUCAUUACCGUGGUUACAUCGAGGAUGUAGAGGGCUCGUCCGCGGCGUUGAGUCUGUGCUCUGGGUUGAGAGGCAUAGUCCACAUGGGGGCCUCUAGUUUUGGAGUCGAGCCUUUGGAAGGUUCGUCUGAUUUCGAACACAUCUUUUACAAUCUGGAGGAUGUGAAGUCUGAACCCGUCACCUGUGGAACCCCUCAUGCUGCUCACCAUGACAACGACACCUUGUCAAACGAAGAACACGCCCACAACAUCACUCAAGGACAACCAAUCAGUCAUCUAAUCAGGAAUAAGAGAUCUUUAUUGCCUCAGACUCACUAUGUUGAGCUCUUCCUCGUGGUUGACAAUGACAGAUUUAACUUUAAGAACAGAAACCAGACGGCUGUCAGAGAGGAGAUGGUCCAGCUUGCUAACUACGUGGACAGCAUGUAUGUUCCACUGAAUAUCCGUGUGGUUUUGGUGGGUCUGGAGAUCUGGUCGACGGUAAACCUCAUCAGCACCGAUGGGAGCGCGGGAGCGGUGCUGAGUCGUUUUGUCCAGUGGAGAGAGAAGGAGCUGGUGCCCCGUCGCAGGCAUGACAGCGGUCAGCUCAUCCUAAAGAAGGGCUUUGGGGGAACAGCAGGCAUGGCUUUCGUCAGUACUGUAUGCUCCAGGAGUCAUGGGGGUGGCAUCAAUGCGUUCACCAAUAAUAACGUCCUGGGGUUCGCCUCCAUUGUGGCCCAUGAGCUCGGUCAUAACCUGGGCAUGAACCAUGAUGACGGACGGAACUGCGUCUGUCAAGUCGGCAGCUGCAUCAUGAACUCCGGGGCCACUGGCUCGCGUAACUUCAGUAGCUGCAGUGAGGCAGACUUUGAGAAGAUGAUUUUGAAGAUGGGAGGUGGCUGCCUGCUGAACAUCCCUCAUCCUGACGAGGCCUACAGCGCCCCCUACUGUGGGAACAAGCUGGUGGACAUGGGAGAGGAAUGUGACUGUGGCUCCGAGGCGGAGUGUGAGAAGGAUCCCUGCUGUGAGCCAAAGACGUGUAAGCUGAGGCCUGGAGCCCAGUGUGCUUACGGAGUGUGCUGCAAGAACUGCAGGUUCUUGCCGGGUGGUUUCGAGUGCAGGAGCAGCACGGACGAGUGUGACCUGCCUGAGUACUGUAACGGUUCGUCUGCCCUGUGCCAGAGUGACGUGUUCAAACAGAACGGCCACCCCUGUAAAGACGACCAGGCGUACUGCUACAACGGCAAAUGCCAGCACUACGACGGCCAAUGCCAGGCCAUAUUUGAACCCAAGGCAAAAGCUGCUCCAGAGGUGUGUUUUAGGGAUGUAAACUCUAAAGGAGAUCGGUUUGGAAACUGUGGCUACCAGAACUAUGGAUACAAGAAGUGUGAGAGCAGGAAUGCUAUGUGCGGGAAGCUGCAGUGUGAGAACGUGAGGACCGUCACUAUGUUCAGCAUCAAGCCGUCAAUCAUUCAGACGCCCAUCCAUGACACCAUGUGCUGGGGCGUGGACUUCAUGCUGGGCUCGGACGUGCCCGACCCGGGCAUGGUGAACGAGGGCACAAAAUGUGGAGAGAAUAAAGUUUGUUUGAACUAUGAGUGCCAGAGUGUAGACGUUCUGAAAUACGACUGUGACGUUGAGAAAAAAUGCCACGGCCAUGGGGUGUGUAACAACAAUAAGAACUGUCACUGUGAAUAUGGCUGGGCUCCUCCGUUCUGUGAGACUAAAGGCUACGGAGGAAGCAUAGACAGCGGCCCUACCUGGAAUGAUAAAGACACUUCCACCAGGGAUGGGCUGCUGGUGUUCUUUUUACUGGUUCUUCCUCUCAUGGCUCUGGGACUCUUUGUCUUCUUCCGGAGGAACGAGCUGCAGCGUCGUUUCUGUCGGAAAAAGCGCUCUCAGGCCUACGAGCCUGAUAGCCGACCUCAGGCUAAUAACAGCAGAACCCCUACAGGUCUGCGAGGAAACCCCAGCACUAUUGUCAAAGAUGGGCAUCAGGCUCAGUUGUUACCGCAGGAGGAGGUGGUCCAGACCAACAGGACUGCCUCUCGGCCAACUUAUGCCGCCAGACCUCCGCCGCCACCGCCAGCAUUUCAAGCUAUGCCUCAAAGACCAGCCCCCCCACCCCCAGUAUAA